UUUGAUGACGCCAUACACCUAAAAGGCCCCCCCAAAAAAUUCUAUUUCUGCUUCUCCUUCUAUAAGAAUCUAGGGUUUCCAUGGAAACCUUUCCUUCGGAAGCAGAUCCGAAUCACCAGACCCGAGAACCCUAACAAUUUCUCCAGUUUCUCGUCCCCCCGAUCUCUGCAUGCCCUAAUCUUCCCGUAAUUACGCGCUGAUAAUUCUUCACGACCCAAGAGGGGGAAAUUUCUUGCGUCUGUAUUGCGUUUUUCUUGGUUUGACCGGUUGAAUUCUUGGUCCUGGGCGUUUGGUUUCGUGAAGUUCGAUCAUUGUCGUGUGGAAAUUCGAUUGGUUGGUGCGUGGUCGUUGAGAAGCAUUUCGGGUUUUGGGGUUUUCGGUAUAUUGAGGUUUCCGGUUGCUCUGGAUUUGGUAUCUGAGGAUGGCUGCAGCGGGCGAGGAGGAGGUGGAGUAUGAGAGUGAUCCCGAGGAGGCGAAGCAGUCUCUGGUGAUGAGGAGGCGGAGGGCGGCGAGUGAUGAUGAGGACAGCGAGGAAGAGGGGGGAGCGGAGCAGGAGAGGGAGGGUCCUGAUCAGGAGGCUAGGAUUCAUCACUCGGAUGAAUCCGACGGCCAGGGUGGGGCUGCCAACUAUGAUGACGACGAGGAGGAAGAGUAUAUUGAUGAGGAAGAAGAAGGGGCCUACAAUGAAGAAGAGGAACUGAUUGAUGAUGAAGAAGUGCGUCGGCGGGGUCUUGGGAGUGAGGAUGUUAGAGAUAGAGUUGACGAGGAGAAGAAAGUGGCUGUUGCAGGUGUUUCUGAGAGUGCUGCUGAGGAGUUUGGUGAUGCUCCCCCUGAGGGUCAAGCGAAUCAGGAUGGGGAGAAGAAGUCCAACGAACCCUAUGCGGUGCCCACUGCGGGGGCAUUUUACAUGCACGAUGAUCGGUUUAGAGACAAUGCAGGUGGUCGGCACAGGCGAACUUUCGGUGGUAGGAAGCUAUGGGAAUCUAAAGACGAGCGGAAGUGGGGCCAUGAUAAGUUUGAAGAGAUGUCUAUGCAGGAAAGGCACUAUGAGGAGAGGAGGAGGAACACAAGAGGUCGAGGUCGUGGCAGGAACCGUGGUUUAGAUCGUGGGUAUGGGAGAGGGAAUAGGUCUAAACCAUUUGACAACAAUAGCAGCACUGGGGCUGCAACCAACAGUAACAACAAUCAAGCUGCAGUGCCCAGAACUGUGAGAGGGCGAGGUCCUAGAAGAUACGACCAUUCUUUAAGGAAGAGCAACCAGGGUUCACCCAGCCAGAACAAACAAUCAAAGUCUGGAGACAACCCACAGCAUGGUAACUCGGCACAGACAUACUCAACUACAUCAAAUGUAGAAUCUGAUUCUGCUCCGAUGAGGAGGAAUGCCAUUGGAUCUAUCCUGAGCUCUGCUUCUCCUCCAUUUUACCCUUCUGGCUCAUCCAAUAAGGAGGGUGGAUUGUCACAGAAGAAGGAUAUGCAAGCUGGAAACUCUAACAGGAACAGUCGCCCUCCUUCAAUGGAUGACAAUUUUUCUCUUCCUCAAUCCAAUCCUUUACUGCGAGGAAAAAAUGUUUCUAAUCCGAUUGGCACGGACAAACUGUCCAUUGAUGAUCUUGUGACUGCAUUUUCUGGGAAAUCAUUUUCACCCGUGCAAGCUGCUGCUUCUGGAUCUCCUCCGAUCAGUUCUUCUCAACCUUCUCAGGGAAGGGCUCAAGGAAGGGGAGCAGCUCCUGCAGCAGGGCAGAUGGCUUAUCCGUCUACUCUCCCUCAAGGCCAAGUCAAUAAAGUUUCUCCACAAGUGCAAGCACAUAAUGUUCAGCGUGGUCCAGCUCCUAAUAGAGUUCAACCUUGUACUCAGCAAUUGGGACAGUGUCCUGGUAGUGGUUCUCAAGCUUCCUCUCCACCCAAAACAGCUAAUUCAGUAAAUUCAUAUGAUACUGGGGAGUCAGAUACCCUGUCAGAAUCAAGCAAGUCCAAAGGCGCCUUGGUUGCCAAGGGGAAAGGCAGCAUACAAGGAAGUGGAAGAGGCUCUUUUAUCUAUGGUGGUGCCCAUGUUAUGGGAGCUAGUGGGCCCAUGGGUGUUGGUCGUGGUGACCAAAACUUCCCUGGUACUCCAGCCUUUUUGCCUGUUAUGCAAUUUCGUGGUCAGCAUCCUGGUGGUAUUGGAGUUCCUGCGGUCGGCAUGGCAUUCCCUGGAUAUGUUGCUCAGCCUCAACUUGGUUUAGGGAAUUCUGAGAUGACUUGGUUACCAGUUCUUGCGGGUGCUGCAGGAGCCUUGGGGGCCACAUAUUGUUCACCUUACCUUGCUGUUGAUGGUUCUUAUCAUGCUCCCCCCUCAGGGCAGACAACUGCUGCUAGCACUACGAGCAAAGAGAGUAAUGCAAAUAAGCCUAAUAAUGAAUCGAAGCCUCCUGAGGGAACUGAAGCUGUAAAUGAAGAACAGGGGCAGCGGCAGAAUAAAGCUCGUAGAUACUCAGAGAUGAACUUUGGACAGUGAAGGUUUUCUGCAAGGAGACGUUUUCCAAUAAACAAUUAAAAGGCCUUCUCCUAGGCCCUUUGUGAUUUCCAGUGUUUGUUCUGGAGCACUCUGGGCUGCUGUAUUUUCCAAGAUAGGUUAGGUAUAUGUGACCAACGCCUGCUCAUGCUGCAGUCAAAUCUGAAAUUAAUGUUGCAGCUUGACGGGUGGUAUUUUCUUGUUUAAAUGUGCGGUUUUAUUGUGGCUUGGGUUUGUUAGUGAAGCGUGCAAGACAUGUAGGGCAGGCUUCUCGAAAAGCUAUACAAAAAUCGAAAAAGAAACGAGAAUCCCGCUUGUGCAGCAGCAUCUAGCAGCAGCCAGCUGUAUUGAGCCAUUAAGCUGAGAGUUUUCGACUAGACAGAGAUGCUUGGAAGGUAAUGGACACUUUAGCUUCGUCUAUGACUGCUGGGGGAAGUUUGAAUGAGAAGGGAGGUAAUUAAUUAAAAUUGUUUAAUCUGCCUUCAUUUGUUAUAGAUUUGGUGGAUUAUUGGAACUUAUUGCCGACGUCUGUUGUCAGCAUAUUUGCUUAAAACCGUAAAGAGGAUGAUGGUACAUACAUCUAUGGGACUUGUAAUUUUUUCAAUUUUGCAUCUUUUAAAAUUAGAAAAUAUUUUAUGAGA